AUGACAUCUGACAUGACUUCUGUGCCGAAUGCGCUCUCUGCAAAUGCAACAUUUAUUCGCCCUUCCACUUUUUAUAUAAAUGGGUUUUACAAUAUUCCACACACGAAGUACUACUAUGCCUUUCUCUGCAUUGUCUAUGCUGUGACAGUUUUAGGAAAUUCUUUUAUAAUGUGCACCAUCUAUCUAGCACGUAGCCUCCAUACAGGAAAGUACAUUGUUGUGUUUAACUUGGCUCUUUCUGAUUUGGGUGGCAGCUCUGCUCUUAUUCCAAAGCUUAUUGAUACUUUUCUGUUUGAGAAUCAGGUCAUAUCAUAUGAAGCCUGUCUGGCAAACAUGUUUUUUGUCUUAUUCUUUAUGACCAUGCAGUCUCUUACUCUGCUUGUUAUGGCGUAUGACAGAGUAGUUGCUAUAUGUUUUCCUUUAAGGUAUAGUGUCAUUGUCACAAAAGAAGCAAUGACUUUAAUCAUUGUUAUUACCUGGAUUUUCUCUAUAACUACCAUUGCACUCCUUGUAGCUCUGAUUACCAGACUGUCCUUUUGUAGAUCUGUAAUUAUCAACAACUAUUUCUGUGAUCAUGGGCCUAUCGUGAUUUUAGCUUGUAAUGAUAAAUUUAUAAAUCGUGUCAUGGCCAUAGGCUGUUUUGUUGUGCUGGAUUGUGUUCCAUUUCUGUUAAUAAUUGUCUCUUAUAUUUGUAUAGGCAUUGCCUUGUUGAAUAUCUCACAUGGUUUGGAGCGGAGAAAAGCUAUGAAGACCUGUACUUCCCACCUUAUUUUAGUGGCUUUAUUUUAUCUCCCAUUUAUAGGCACUAAUAUAACAUCUCUUACAUCAUCUAUAAAUGCGAAUGAUAGGAUAAUAAAUUCUUCCCUGACACAGAUUAUUCCCCCCAUGUUAAACCCCAUUAUAUAUACUUUAAAGACAGAGGAGGUCAUGCAGGCGGUUAAAGUGCUCUACACACGGGCCAAAGCGGUAGUGAUAUGUAACAUUCCCAAUGGACAGGUAUUUCCAUCAUAGGUAGGAGUUGACAGUAAACAAAUUUUUUUGUUGAAUGAUUCUUUCAUUCAAUUAUAACCAAAAAUAACAUGCUUCAUAAAAUGUUUAUUUUACUUAUAACACCAAAGUUGUCAUGUAGUUCCAUGUAAUGAAGUGUUUAUGUUGUAAAAAACAAAAAACAA